GCACUGUUGAAGGAGGCGAGAAGGAAAACAGUACCUGGGAGAGAAGGGGAGAAGUUGGAUGUCUUUUUUCCUUUGUCACUCCGCCUCUGUGCUUAUGAACAGCGGCGAGGCUGAUCCGUGAACCCUUAACUCACCCGGCCUCUCGCCGUUUGACCUCUUGUUCUUCUGAUUUCAGGCAACAAACGAACCAUCAGGUCCAGUCCCACAUUCACUUGACCCAAACCCGUGACCAUGAUGGAGGAAUCAGUGACCACGUUCGAGACCCACCUCACCGCCGUGAUGGACAGUCUCAUCCGAGCCUCGGUGUGUGAGAUCACCAAACUCUUCCAGGAGACAGUGAACGACUACCUGGUGGAGCUGUCCCUCAACCGGAAGGAGAACGAGGCUCUGAAGCUCCGGCUCAGGCUGACCGAGAACAAGCUGAGAAACGAGCGCAAGUAUGGGAUGGGCUGGGCUGCCAACCGCCGCAAUGCCGGACUGGUGGCCGAGGACGGAGCCGGAGGGCGGAAGAAACGGAAAGUUCAGGUGCCAAGAGGCAAGUCAAAGAAGGGCCCAGCAGCAGCCUAUGGCAAGGGCUGGCCUGGAGGUGUGUGGGAGGAAGGAGGAGGCAGCGACGGCGGGGGCGGCGGAGGAGGAGGAAGAGGAAGCGGAGGAGCUGUGGGGAUGGGAGGAGGAGGAGGAGGGGGGAAGGAGGCCAGGGAGAUGUACCUCAUCCAGUUCCCUGGGGACGAAGAGGAUGAGGGAGGGAUGGUGGAGGACGAGGAAGGGGAGGGCAGCCUCAGUGGAGAGGGGGAGGAGACGGCCAACAUCAAAGAGGAGUUUGCUCAGCUAGAGGGCUAUCAACCAGCUUCUCUCCGGCUAAUCAAGGAGGCUUUGAAGAUGGACCCACCCAACCAGAACCUCCACACGGGCUCCAGAGGCCAGAGCGAAGGAGACUUGUCGGAUCGUCCCCCAGCUCUUCAUUCAGGACAGAGGGAGGAGGAGAAUUGGGAGGUUGGCUCAGCGGAGCCAUCAGAGGGAGGCAUGACCAUGGAUGAGCUAAGGGGUCUGGAGACGGCACUCAGAGCUGAGAGGGGGCGCGAGCAGGCCGCCAUGAGAGCCUCUAAGCCAGUCAGCCCCAACCCAGAGAUAUUACCAGGCAGUGAGAUCAGCUUGGCCCCCAAAUACAUCGGCUUGGAUGGACUAGAACAGGACGGGGAGUUGGAGCCGCAGCCGCCUACCCUGGAGAGAGAGGACCUGCUGGUGCAGGGCAGGCUGAAGGACGGGCUGAGGGUGGGAGGGGUGGCGGGGGUGGAGCUGAGGUCGGGCUGGGCUAAGAGACUGAGAGAGGGGGACUUGACUGCAGUCAUGACUGGAGACGGCGUGGUGGAGCAUGGAGAGCCGGACGAGCUGCCUCACCUGUCCACCCCGGGCAGUGCCGGGGACAGCGGAGGGGAAGAAGACGGAGGCGGUGACUUGCUGCACUUUUGCCCCCAGUGUGGAGGAGGCUUCACGUCUGAGGCCGAGUUGGAGGAGCACCCCUGUCCACUAGGAGGCGCCCAUUUACAGAGCAGCAGAGUCGAGGACACUCCUUUCCCCUGCGCCUCCUGCGGCAACUCCUUCAGCCACGCCUGGGCGUUAAAGAACCACGAGUGUGCUUGCGCCGCCGAGCGGCCGCACUGCUGUGAGAUCUGUGGAAAGCGCUUCACACACUCGCGCUCACUGGAACGCCAUCAGCUGGUGCACACAGGCGAGAGACCACAUCGGUGCCCACAGUGUGGGCGCAGCUUCAGUCGUCUAGGCAACCUGGAGCGCCACCAGCGGAUCCACACUGGUGAGCGUCCGUACGGGUGCGAGGCGUGCGGGAAGCGGUUCAGCCGCGUGGAGUAUCUAAAGAGACACCAGCUGAUUCACAACAGUGAAAAGGCAGCUCUCCAGUGCUCCCACUGUGGGAGGAGCUUUAGUGAUGUGGAGCAACUGAAAAGCCACCAGUGCUUUUAAGCCUCUUGCGAAAUUAUUUGACUGAACUGGGAGGAAGAAGCCGUUGAGUUGAUGAGUGAGGUGAAUGUGAUAGGAUGUAGGAAUCUGGUGAAUGUGAAAGGUUGAUGCUUGUGUUAUUCUCAGUGAUUUGGUGCUAUAUUUCUUACAGCAUCUGACAAGACAAAAAGUUGAACUGAUAUUUUGGCAUAGCAGAGGAAUUGACAGGAAGUCAAUUGUACAUGGCAUUUCCCCAAAUAAAAAGAAGUAAAAAUCCGUUGGACAUUAAGCAAUUAUGUUUGGAGGUGAUAUUACGUGUACAUAGAAAACCUUGUACUUAUUUAUUAUUCUCAAAAAAUGUACAUUUUUUAUCUUUGUAUCAAUAAUUCAUCUUCCUGUAAAAUAAAAUAUGAUGGCCUUGUUUUUUCUGAAAAUAUCAUUAUUGACAUUUUGGUAUUUUGUAUGUUUUUUUGUUUGUUUGUUUUUUCUUUGUUUGUUUCG